ACAUGUCUCCAACACUUGCCAACUGCAGCACACAGUGUGUACCACAAUGCAUUCUUACGGAGUGUUGCAGUAUCUGAUGGAAGCAGCAUGUCCUCUGAAACAUACAAUGAAAGAUUAAAUAUAACAAGAUUCAAGAGUAUAUUUUCACUGCAUAUCAAGAACUUGAAUUCAUCUUUGCACAGCCCAAGUCCUUGAAUUGUGGGAAUCAAGAACAAGAACAAGCGGGCAUCAUACAACCUUGGAAUGAUUGAUACAGAUCAUUGUUCAUAGCUACUUGGUGAUCCUUCAAUUGAAGGCACGUAAGAACGAUUGACUCUGUUUCUUACUGCCAUGUCUGCUAUUAAUUGUUGCAGACCUGUGAAAAGAAUUGGUCACAGGACAAGACAGGGCAAUUGAGAUGUACCAAACUUGUAACUGGGCAACGAGGAAAAGGAACACUAGGAGGACGAAUGGUGCGUGUUCUGUGAACAGUUACAUUAUUAUUCUGUUUCUGGUAAUUCCAUAGCUGUGCACAGACAGAGAAAGAAAGAGAAAAGGGGAAAGAUCUGAGGGCAAUGGAGAGUUCUGUGGAUCAUUUCUUUCUUCAGUUCCUCCUCCACACCCUACCUCGCCAUCGAUCUCCCUUCCAAGAUGGAGAAACUUGUAUCGAUAUGAGGAGAUGAGAGGGCACAGGCAUUUUGUUGCUUGAGUUUAAGUUUUUCUGCACGAAAUUGCAGCCUCUCGAAUGAUAAUUUCAUAUUCUAAUUGCCCUCCUGGUAGCAAUGGGCAUUAUAAAGUUAAGGCCUCAGCGGCCUGGAAAUGAUCAUCAUUUACGGCGAAGCUCUUUCAUCAUUCUGCAAAAUGAGGAUACACAUGAGCUGGAGAAGACUCUUGGUGAUGAUUCCGAUGACUGCGAACUUGGUGAAGUGGGCUAUGAGUAUGUCAUGGUUGGAGGUCAAACAUGUGGUAUUCCUUAUGAGCUUUAUGAACUUCCUGAUCUGAAAGAGAUACUGUCCGUAGAGACUUGGAAUUACUAUUUAACCGAAGAUGAAAGGUUUUCUCUGGCAGCUUUUCUUCCAGAUAUGAGCCAAGAGACAGUUUGGAUUGCAAUAAAAGAACUGCUUACGGAUGUUGAUGUGUUCUUCGGUAGCCCACUCAAGAAGUUCUACAGUGGAUUGAGGGGUGGACUUUAUUCUCCACAGGUUACUCAUUUAAGAGAAGGCAUACACUUCUUACAGAGAAGUGAAUACUAUCAUAGCUUAAGAUCAUACCAUGAGAAUCUGUCUCAGGUGUUUGUAGAGAUGAAAGAGGUAUGGAAUAGAUGUCGACCAACCACCAGUAUCGAAGAAAGAGUUCAAAUUUGGAACAGCAGGAAAGAGAACAAGCCUGUUUUUGUAGUUGAUCUAAAUACAUUUCCAGAUGAAGGUACCUUAAAAAAGGGUGACAGUAAUGACAGAAUUGUUGAAACUGUACCUUUCUCGAAGAAGACUAAGAUGUAUAUGAAUCAAAGUCAUGACUCAAAGGUUCUUGUGAGUGGUCUAGUCUGUAGCACCAAAAGAAAAGCAAAGGGAUUUCUGAAGUUAAAGCCAAUCGUAACGAACUCGGUGCCAAUUCAGAUGAUGCAAGCAUUGCCAGAUAAAUCAGGGAAACCAUCUAUGCGGCUGCCAAAAGGCGUUCUGAAAAUAAAGCCCAGAUAUGAUCCUCUUAGUGAGGAAAAACUAAGACCAAAACCAGAACAAAUUUCUGUGGAUGGUUGGGGUACUCAUGCACACCAGGUCUUACCUCCACAAUUUGCUUUCAAGAGAGACAACCUUAAUCUUAGCAAGAGGUUACCAUUUUCACAUCAGGUAGAUAGAGAUGGAAGAACUUACAGAGACACAGAGGACAAACAAGAUUGGCAAAGAGAUGAGGAUCUAUAUGCAGGUUGUGGAUCAGUUGAUUAUUCUGAGAGUGAGAGAUUCCAAAGGAAGCCAAAGAUGAUAAUAGACUUGAGGCAUGAUGAUGUAGAGAUAUGCAAAGGGUGGUUUCCUUCACAAACUAACCAGAAUUUAAGAAUUUAUCCUCAAGAAGAUGGUCAUAUUAGAGAGUGCCAGGGUAAGAAAAGUAGCUGGAAUAGCUCGAACACUCAGCCAAAUAGAUCAUUUGAAAGUUUGGCAGAUCCAAAGAAAGAAUCUUUUAAACAUGCACUUGAAAAUUAUCAAGAAAGAAAGCCGAGUGCUUUAAUUUCCGAAGCAUGUUUUGGGGUGUCAAACAAUUGUACCCACCAGCAUGAGAUUUUGACAAAAUUCUCUGAUCAUUUGGACCAUCAAUGUAAAGAUAAUGGUGCAGUAAAUGUGGCAGUUUCAGGAGUCAAAGAAGGUCUCAUGCUUCCUAUAACAUACAAGAGGAAAAAGCCUCAGAGAAAGCUCAACCAGGUGAAUUCUCUUAAGCAGCAGCAGCCAAAUGUAGUGAGUUUGGAGUCAGCUGCUCCUAGUGGAAUACUAAAGCCGAAACCAAUGGCCAUUAAGAUUAAGUUCAGUGGUUUGACAGGUUACAAUGCUUAACGAAUAAAAGCUUCUGCUGGAUCGACUGUGACAUGAACAUCAAUCCAGGUAACGCAGCCAGAUGCAGCAAUGAGAAUCUUUGAAAGGCAUAUUAUACAUUGAAGAACAGCAAAUGCUUCAUGAAGCUAUGGGUAUCGUUCGAUGGAACUUGGCGGAUCUGCUACUUCUUGGCUUUCGACUCUGAGCAGCCACUUUGAUGGAUCAUGCCGAAACUAUUUGUUGGAAAUGGUGCUGAACUGACACAGUUUGAGCUAAGAAGAAUCAUCCAGCACAGGUCACAUUUCAUCCCUUUCCCGGGGAUGAUAAACAGGGAGAUGGUUUUUCUUGCUCAGUAGUCACUAGCUUCAUGUGGUCAGACAUUGUCGAUCGAUGUAUGCUAAUGAGUAAUGAAAUUGAUAUUCUUCAUUGCAUA